AUGUCUGCCACAGAAGUCGCGUCCGCGGAGCCUGCGCCUGCGUGUGCGGCGAAGCCGCGCUUGGCGCGCCUGCUCGCUCCGCUGAAGACUCGCGUAUCUAAGAUUCUGCAGCGGCGGCGGAAGGCCAUGGGCGGUCCGUUUGGCGUUGACGCCCGCAAGCGCGCGUCCGCGCGCAACGUGCUGCUGGCGACGCUUCUCUGGAGGCUGCGAUCCAUUGUCGGCCUCGUCUUCUUUGUCGGCGUGUACCUUCUUCUCUCCUUCGACGGGCUGCACCAGCGGACCGUCGUCGAUGAGCACGGCUUCUCGCAUGGCGUGCACGUCUCGAUGUUCAACGACGACACCGGUCUCUUCCGCAUUCGCAAUCUGUUGCAGGAAGCCGCGCAGACGGAGACCCAGCAACUCGAGCCGCUCGUCAAGGCUGCGCAGCUCGCAGGAGGAGGCGAGGCCGCGGCUGACGGCGUGGCGGAAGACGGACACGAAGGAUCCACGGAGGGGGAUGCGGAGGCCGUGGAGGCGCGGCGGCGGACGCUCGUGAAGAUGGACUGCGUGCCCGCGAGCGACAUCCAGCCGACCGCGUACCCGUUCCUUUACCUUCCCGAGACGCUCUUCCUGAGCUCGUGCGACGGGAGCGACUUGCCGCUUUCCUCCGCCUCGCCGGACCUCGCGUUCGCCAAUGCGCCGCCGGCCUUCCUUUGCCAGCUGCUGCGUCUUCUUGCCUCUCAAGGCGUCGAGGCCUACCUGCAGCCGUUCUUUUUGGCCGACGAAGAGGAAACUGAGCGGCGCGGCGCCGGCGUGCGCAGUGACCAGCCGGUGUGCGGCUUUUGGCACUACAACCUCGUCGCGGUCGCGAAGAGCGACCGCGGCGACAGCCGCGAUGCGCUCGCAGUCCUCACUUCAGUCGACUACUCUCUGCUGCAUCUUCCCUCGCUGAUGGCGUCGUCGCCUGAGUCGUCUUCGCUGCCCUUCGUGCCGGGUGCAGGAUCUGUGGCGUCGGUUUCCGCAGCCGUGAGCAUCUUUCUUCAGCAGUCGGCUCCGUGGCUCAGUCGCGACGUGAUUUUUGUGUUUUCUGACCUCCGCCUUCCCUACGCCGCCGGCGCGCGCGCCUGGCUCUGGGCGUACAUGCGGUCGGUCGCCUUCUUCCCGCGCCGCGGCCUGCUGCGCAUGGCGGUCGCUCUGGAGCCCGACAGAGAGAGUCCCGAGCGCGAAGAAGGCUUCCGCUUCCUCUCGCCCGACGUGGAGGGCACCGAUGGACGUCUGCCCAACCAGGAUAUCGUCAACGUCGUCAUCUCCGAGGCCGGACGCGUCGGCGCUCGAGUCCGGAUGCGAAACACGUGGGAGUACGUCUUUCGAAUGGCAAGAAACUGGGGGGCACACCGGCCUCACGCGCCGCUGCUGGAAGAGGCCGUUCCAGCCGUCACUGUCGUCGCGAAGAACGGCGCGCAGGGCGGGCGCGCGGCCGCCGAAGCCCCCUUCACGAGGUGGGGAGAUCUGGCGAGGGUGUUGGAGAGAGUGACGAGAAGCCAGAGCAACGUCCUGCAGACGCUUCACCACUCGUUCAACUUUUACUUCUUCGUCAGCGAACACAGUCACGUCUCCUCGGGCGGGUACCUCUAUCCAGUUUUCAUCAUGCUGGCGCUGCUUCUCGUUCCAAUCCUGUCCUCUCGCGUGAUGCGCGACAUUCGCGGCUUCCUGGCUGGAGUCGCUCUGCUGCUUCUCGCCUUCGCGUGUAGCUUGCCCGCCUUCAUCCUCGCCACCAAGUCGUCUGUCAACGAGCUUCUCUUCGGCGACCCGUACGCGCUCGUCCCCUUCUGCUCUUCGUGGCAACGCGAAGCGUAUCUACAGUACGCCCAGAAGGCGAGCGUUUGGCUUCAGAUCGCGCUUGCAUUCUACGCGCUGCUUCUCGCCUUCGUCUGGUGGCUCGGGAGGCGCAUCAAGGCGCAGCGAAUCGCCGCAGGGGAGGACUUCCCCUCUUCGCUCUCGCCGCUGCGGGUUUCUGCGACACCCUUCCCGCUGCCCUGGGGCACGCCGGUCGCGCCGUCGGCGCAGCUGCUGUUCACCUCUCGCAACCCUGCGACGCUGUGGGAAACGCCGAUCCGCGAGAAGACUGAGGACGAGAAGGCGCGCGAGCGGGAGGCGAAGGAGCUCGAGGACGCGCUGAAGCGUGUCUUGGCGGCCGAGAAGAGGGAGAAGGCCGCGCAGGCGACGCCCGUGGACAGCGCGGCAGCCGAGGACGACCCCACGAAGGCGCCGGAGGAUGGAGAGGAGACCGCCGAAGAGAAAGAGAGUGAUGAACAAGUUGAGACAGCGUGGAGUCCGCCGCAAGCCCCGCCGCCUCUCUGGCUGGUUGUUAGGGGUUUCUGCGUCCGCGUCUUUGCAGUGUGGAUCAUGGUCAUGCUCACGCUGCUCAACUGGGGCAUGUCCGCCUUUCUGUCGCUGUUCUUGAUUCCGAUGGCUUGGCUCGUCGUCCCCCUGCGGUUCCAGGCGGAGGAGCCGCCGCGCCCGUGCUUGAGGUCAAAGGAAGGCCAGCAAGGAGAAGGAGACGAAAGAAUGGCAGGCGAGGAAGGCGAAGGCGAGGCGAAAGAGGGAGAAGACGAGAAGAGACGGAGGGAAGAAAAGGAUCUGGAAAAGACAUUCGAGACGGAGAUGAAGAGGUGGAAGAGGAGACGCAGGAUGGUCAUGGUUGCCACGGUCCUGCGAAAGCUCCUCGUCGCUCUCUUCUUCCUCGUCAUUAUUGUUUUUGUCUCAGACUCCGAUACGCUCAAGGCCUACCGCGGAGAGCUGCAGGCUACCACCCAGGAUGCUGCAGCGUAUGCCUACGAGAGUCUCUCGACUGUCCAGAAGGCGUACUUCCCCUCUUUUCCGUUCCUGCCUUUCCGUUUCCUUCAGUGGCUGCGUGGGGGGUCGACCUUCGCGCCUCUGACUUCCUCUCCGCCUCAGUAUCCUCUUGGCUCGUCUUCGCGCGCGUCCGCGCUCUCCUCUCCUUUGGAUGCGGAGUGGGAGGCGGCCGGCCGUUCUGCGGAAUUUGAGAGACGCCUCCGGGUUCUGAUUCCGCUGGGAUCGGCUCUCCCGCUGCCGGAGAAGCCGUCGUCUUUCCUUCUUUUCCUCUACUCCAUGGCUCGGGACUCUGUCUGCGUCCACACAGCCGACUUCAGCGUCUUCCUCUUCGGCCUCAUGCCUUUCUGUUUCUUCCUCGCGGCCGUUUUCCUUGUGCUCCCUCCGUAG